GGGCAGACUUUCCCCGGGACUCGCUGUCCACACAGUUCCCUCGAGGCUCCGCCGGAAGCUGCUCUCGCCCCGUGUCGGGGGUCCACACCCCGGCGAGCAGGGCACAGGAUUCCGGGCUGAUGCCCUAGGGUCACCGGACGGGUGGGGCACUGAGGAGGGAGCGGUGUGAGGAGGUGUCACGAAACCCGGAGAGCCGCGUUGUGGGACGUCCUCUGCCGUGCCCUCCCUCUCUGCCCUCUCUGGCAGCCAGCAGUUCCAGUGGAUGGUACAACCCUCGGUGGCGAGCCAUAGUGCGUCCGGCUUCUACCCGCGACCCUACCCCUACCCCGAGCUGGGAGUCGCCCCCGGGCCCUCGGACGGGCUGAGGUCAGGGGUCAUCAGGGCCCCCUUCGGGGGCAGGCGGAGAAGGGAGGAGGAGCUGUCGCCGGAGGAAGAGGAGCGGAAGAGGCUGCGGCGGGAGAGGAACAAGUUGGCCGCGGCAAAGUGCCGGAACCGGCGGCGGGAGCUGACCGAUUGGCUGCAGGCGGAGACAGACCAGCUGGAAGACAAGAAGUCCUCGCUGCAGAAGGAGAUUGCCGACCUGCAGAAGGAGAAGGAGAGGCUGGAGUUCGUCCUGGAGGCCCACCAACCCAUCUGCAAGAUCCCCGCGGAGGGCGGGGUCAAGCCCGGGCCGUCCAGAGGCUGCGGGGCAAAGGUCAAAGGGCAGGCGGCCAAGGCGGCCGGGCCCAAGCCCCGCCCGGCGGACGUCCCCAUUCUGCCCGCCUCCCAGCUGGCCGAGAGGCAGGACGCGGAGGCCCUGCACACACCCACCUUGAUCGCCACCCCCUCCAUCACCCCCUUCACCGCCUCCCUGGCCUUCACCUACCCCAGUGUGCCGCACUACGAGCCGGAGCCUUCCGCCGGGCCCUCCGGCACGGCCGCCGGGGCCCUCUCCUCGCCCGAGGACUGCGCGGCCGCCCAUCGCCGUGGUAGCAGUAGCGGUGGCGACCAGUCGUCCGACUCCCUCAGCUCCCCCACCCUGGUGGCCCUGUAGGCCCUCCGGCGGGACAGUCCCCCGGGCAGGGGAACCCGAUUGGCUCUCGCGUAGCGGUGGCUGGGAAAGGCCAAAAAACGGCCUUCCCCUCUCUGUUGAAUGCCACCCAACCCUUUCUUGCCCAUCUCUGCUCACUCAAUCGUCGGAUGCGUCCGACGGCCAGACCAUUGCGUUGCGGGUUUUAUAUUUUUGUGAAUAUUGGGGGGGGGGGGGGAAUCUCCAAACCAGAGGACUCGGACCUAUAGCAAGACACAAAGGUGGAACUCAGCAGGCCAGGCAGCAUCUACGGAGAGGAAAAAACAGUCGAUGUUUUGGGCCGAGACCCUUCCUCAGGACUAGAAAGAAAGAGGGUUGAAGAAAGAACACUAAGGGUUGGGAGGGGUGGGUGAGAGAUGUUUAAGGCAUCAGAUAAGAGGCUACCCAGCUGUGUUACAAGUUGCCCCCUCCUACCAGCCUUUGGCCUCAUCUUGGCAGGAGAGGAGGCCAUGGGCAAGUUAGAAUGGGAAAGGGAAGCCAAAUUGAAAUGGAUAGCCGAUGGGAGAUCCUGGCUCUGACCCAAGGCUGAUGGAUUCCCAAUCUCCCUUCCGCCCUCGUGGGAGGCGUUGGCUGUCAUGUGACCGCUUUGGUCACAUCCCGCAGUGCCGCCAUCUUCCUCCCAUCGGGUGGAGCGUGUCCUGGCGCCGUUACCGAGGAAGGGCUCCUGCCCCGCGGUCUGACCCCGGAACCACCGCUGGGCGGCGAGCCCGAAUUCUCCGGCGGGCUGUUUCGAGGGCUUUGCGGGGACGGUAGGACGUCCUCCGAGUGUUGGCAUGGGUGGGUCUUCGCUGGGAGGAGAAAGCAAUCAUUUACGCACCCCCCCCCAAUACCCCGGCUGAGGGCCGCCACCCCCUCAAACCCUACUCCCCGAAUCCCUUGCAAACGGCUUUGCACCUCCCCGACAGACGUCUGUCCGGAAUGGGGCUUUGAGGUAUGGAAUGGUGUUGUGCGUGAGAGAUCCGUCCUGCCCCCACCCCCACUCCCGUGAGGGUCAGUUCGUGUGUGUGACCCCCACCACCCCCCGGUACUCCAGUUUCCUGCCACGCCAGUCGGCCGACUGCCCACUGUGAGCCAGUACACGGAUUGAGGGCGGGGUCUGACGUGGGGGGGGGGGGGCAGUGGAGCAGGAACGCGGGGAACAGCACGGGAUCGGGGUCACCGAGCGGCCGACGUCCGGCGCGGGGCCUGGCUCUGACUGUGAGGAGAUCGGCCGGUAGAGGAGGGUGCCGGAGCAGGAGGGUGGGGAAGCGUUAACGCUGUUCCUCUGAUUCCCCCCACCCCCACCCCCUGGGGUUGUGGCCUUCCCAGUGUCGACCGAUGUGCUGUUCGAGUGGGUGGCAACCUGUACCUGUCCCUCUGGAGACCAAAUGAAUGCUUAAACCCCAGGCAAGUGAUUUCCCCUGGUGGCCAAACACAGCCUGGGGGUUUUUUGGGCCUGACUAUUUAUUGUAGGAUCCUUCGAAAGUAUUUUUGUAUAAUCUAUUUUUUACACUAGAUAUAUGCUGAAAAUGUCUGUAUGUCUCAGAGAAUAUUAAAGAACUUGCUACUUAGC